ACAUUCUUUCAGUUAUACCUGGCCCACUAUGAAAAAAGUUUGGUGACCCCUGAUCAUACUAUAUAAGUUAUACCCAUUCGGUUUCAACGCAACAAAAACACUCUGCAGGUGCAAAAUAACGACCCGUCAACAGUGAAUUGUAAUCGGUGCGUUGCUUUCGUUGUGUGAAGUUGAGUAUAGCAGCUGGACCUGAUAUUAUAGUCGUGUACAUGAAAAAUAUACAUCUCUUUGAUGAAUCCAAGUAACAUGGACUUGUUGAUAUUGUUAUUAGUGGUUCCUGUAAUCUCUGCUUUUAAUCUAACUAUCCUUCAUACCAAUGAUGUUCAUGCUCGUUUUGAAGAGACUAAUAAAUACAGUGGACCAUGUACAGAAAAAGAUCUGAACAAAGACGAUUGUUUCGGUGGAUAUCCUCGCAUUAUAAGUAAAAUAAAAGACUUGAAAUCUCGAUAUCCAAAUACACUGGUCCUUGAUGGUGGAGAUCAGUAUCAGGGAACUACAUGGUUUUACCACUUUGGCGGAAAUGUUACCUCGUAUUUCAUGAAUUAUCUUGAAUACGAUGCCAUGGCAAUAGGUAAUCAUGAGUUUGACAAUGCAGUAUCGGGUCUGGUGGCUCCCUUCCUGGAAAAAGUCAAUUUCCCUGUGCUGAGUGCUAACAUAGAUGCUUCUCAAGAACCAACAAUGCAGAAUAAGUUUAACAAGAGUGUGAUAUUAACUGUUGCGGGUGAGAAGAUAGCUGUUAUAGGUUAUACAACAACAGAUACACCCAGUAUCUCUAGUACAGGAAAAUUGAUAUUUAACGAUGAAGUUGAGUCUGUGAGAAAUGAAGUGGCGACUAUUAAAGGAAGUCACCCAACUGUGAAUAAAUUUAUAGCUUUAGGACAUGCGGGUUUUACAAAAGAUAAACGUAUAGCGGAGGAAGUAGAAGAUAUUGAUAUUGUUGUUGGUGGACAUACUAAUACUUUCUUGUAUUCAGGUGAAGAACCGUCAAAUGAGAAAAAAGAUGGGGAUUACCCAUUUGUCGUAACUAAAACCAGUGGUAAAAAGGCUGUAUGUGUACAAGAUUAUGCUUAUGGAAAAUAUUUGGGAUUUCUUCAUGUAGAAUUUGAUGAUGAUGGAAACGUGAAUACAUGGAUGGGAAACCCUAUUCUUUUAAACUCCUCCAUACCAAAAGAUAAUGCCACUCUUGUUGAAAUGCGGCCAUGGAAACAAGAGAUUCAACAUUUUAAAAAAUCGGUUGUUGGUGAAACAAGGGUUUUAUUACAAGGAGAUUCUAAAGUUUGUCGUAAAGACGAAUGUAAUCUAGGUAAUGCUAUAACUGAUGGCAUAUUAAGAUAUAAUUUAAAUGAGCGGGCGAAUGGUACGUGGAAUAAUGUAUCAAUAGUAUUGAUGAAUAGUGGUGGUAUCCGAUCACCAAUAGAACAAGGAGACAUCACAAUUGAACAAGUUUUGACUGUUAUGCCCUUUAGAAACACGAUUGAUCGACUAGAUAUGAAAGGUGUCCAUCUUAAAGCUACUUUAGAACAUAGUGUGUCACUAUAUGGACCUGAUUUAGCGGGGCGAUUUCUUCAGUUCUCGGGUCUAAGAGUAAAAUAUAAUGUAUAUAAACCUGUAGGACAACGUGUUAUUAGUGUUAAAGUCCAGUGCAUAGAAUGUGACGUUCCAGAAUUUGAAGAUCUUAAUGAAGACAAAGUCUACAGCAUACUUAUUCCGGCUUUUGUGGCAAAUGGCGGCGAUGCUUACGACGUAAUUGUAAAAAAUAAAAUGAAUCACAUUGAAAAGGGUGAUUUGGAUGCUACUGUAUUUAACAAAUACUUAGAGAAGUUUUCCCCUAUUAUACAAGGUCUUGAUGGUAGAAUAGAGUUUGAAACUGAGAAUACUGAAAAACGCUGCCCAACAAAUGCUGCUCAUAAAUCAUUGACAUAUUGCACAUUUAUUAUACUAAGUAUUGUUAUAUCACUAUACUUUCUUUAAUAAGUCAAACAUAAUACAAAUUUGUGAAUUAAGAAGGGACACUUGAUGCUCCCAUCCCUUCCUGGGAUCCAGCCGUAUCUUUGUGAAUAUUGAAUUUGAUCCAUUUGUAUUGUUAAACAUUUUUAUGUUAAUCUAUGUUACUUAAUCAAUAGACAAUAGUCUAUUGUCGAGGAAAACAAUACCAUUAAAUAUUUAUUUAAAACUGUGUUUAGAUAUAGAUAAUAGAGAUAAGGAAGAUAUAUAAAUAAAAGUAAAACAACAGUAAAUGUAAUAUUAUACUACACCUGUAUACAAUAAGAAAUUCAAGCUGCCUUUUCCUACUGUCUGUCAUAUUAUAUUGAUUUGUAAAAUAAUAAAGUACAUUAAAAUAUAUUUUUAUGUCAUAUCAACUGAAAAGUGUAUCCAUUAUAGGGCUGUAGAAAUAUACCCUUGAAUCAAUAUAUAGCCAACAUUUUGCUUAAACAAUAUAUUGUGAUACAAUUAUAUGGCAAUCUUUAAAUGGAAGAUAAUUGUUUUCAUUUCCGCAAAUAUUCAAGUCUUUUAUUUUCAAAAUCUCCUUAAUUUUGUGAACAAUGUCUCUCUGCUGAUAAAAGAAAAGAGUCAUCAUCAUUUAAAGAUACAUUAUGGGAGAUUUUUAUAAGGAGUUAGCCAUUCUUGCUAUAACAUUUCAAAAAUAGAUGAUGAAAGAAGAAUAUAUUGAAAAUUUCAGUCAAAUUACUUUAUUCUGAACAUAGUUAUCACCAGUGUAAUUUUUGACUAGAAAUGGGAUUGAAUUACAUCUUCACCGAUUCUUAGCAUGGCCGAUCGUUUGAUUGACAGGCGUUAACUCCACCUACAUAAUCCCUGCUGUCUUUUGUCUGCUGUCAUCAUAUCCGAAUUUGUGUUUUACCUUUUUGGAUUUUUAUAACAAUUGGACAAAAUGAGUGAGAGGGUAAAUUUUCAUUCUUACUUUUUAAGUCAAUUGAAUAUAGGACAUAAUGUUAUAAUACAAUUAUGAUAAAUCUAUAGGUAUAGGCUACACCAGUGGUGUUGUGCCUAUUGCAGUAGUGGGGAAAUAAAAAUAUUUUUAUUGAUAUUAUUAAGACAGAAGACCUGUCCGUCUGUAUUAGUCAUCACACGGUCUCCAGGAAUUGUAUAAUUUGUCAUUAUCUGUGUUUAGUUUAUUGCACUUUAAACAGUUUAGAUGUCAUUUCUUAAGGCAUCGCUCAACAGCGGCCUCGCUUCGUACACUCUAUCAUUUAGCCUCGAUCCGGGAGUAUGACGUCAACGUAACGGUUAAUCUCCACUCACGAUGCCAUUUAAAAUUAAAUCAGUCAAUGAAAUCCCGUUUAAAUCCAAGCUGAAUCCAAGCCAUCCGUGGGUCUACAGAGUUGAUUUUGUGCUUGUUGUGUAAAUAAAGAUCUAAUUUAUAAUUUCUAUGACAUCUGAAGCCUAAAUAAAGAUUUGCAAUAAUCA